AGGAGUAAAUGUUUUAAAACUGUUGCCCAGUCUGGAGGUCAACAACUUGGUGGAAGGAGAUUGGUAAGGGGGGGGGGGUACCUCCACUUCACCUUCUUAACAUGAACGUGCCCUCUUCAUACCACCCCAAUGCCCCCGGUCUGCCCGAGGAGUCGCACCUUCAUUGUUACGGUCUACCCAUCCUUCACCGACCCCUCCCCAUCCCCUAACCCCGCCUUCCUCAAACGUCAAUCGCACCCGGGAGCAUCACCUGCCACUGCCACUGCAAUACAACCCCCAUUUUCAACCUCCCAACCCUCCUCACUCUCCGUUCACGCCCGAAUGUCUACAUCUCCAUCCCCCCAUCGACUCUGAUCCACGGCAACACAGUCACAGCAUCACUCCCUCGCCAAUCAUUUAAUCCGAGUGUCUUUCUCCACCCCAUUCCUUUACUCCCCACCAACUCUGAUUCACUGCAAAAGGAGCCGAGCAAGAGAUGAAACAUUUGUAUCGAGCUUCGAGUGGCGAGCAUCAGGUCCUGCUCUGAGCCAUUCCUUGGAUCUUCAUCGCCUUGAACGCUGACCAGAAGCCGCGCUGCAGUGUGGUCAGGACGGCGGCUGCUUGCAGCUGGUCAUUGAUGAGUUGCUUGCUGGAGGUUAUCGUCAAGCGAACUGAGUCUAUCUAUUGAUGGAAACUGAAACCAAGGAAACUAAGCCUACCUCUUGGCUUACCACCUACCUGGCUGGGAGAAGAAGCGUUUAACCCCAAGAGCCAGAUCAUCUCAUCAAGCAUUUUGUUGUCUGAAAGAAUCGAAGUCUGAUGCCCACAAAUACACAAAGUCACCUGCCAGAGGGCUUGGGUCUGCCAACGACAGUUAAUGGUUAUGUUUUUCAUUGAAACUUUGGUUUCAGUUGCCGAUUAAACGGGAGGGACUAGUGCAUUGAGGCUGCAAGGUAUUGCCGGCUACUUGGACAGACGGAGGCCCUUGUCGAGCAGAUGAGAGUUUUGAGGAUCUCCUGCUUGGUUCACCAGGGCCGAGACGUGAGCGGUGGUCAGAAGGUAGUGUUGACAAAGUGAAGCGUGUCCUACAGUUGAUGGACCUGCUCCGAUGGCGAAGGAAAGUGUAGAUUGUUAAGGACAGUGUUCAGAAGGUAAACAACAUUGUUCAGACGGAAAGGAGUGUGUUCGGAAGGUGAAGAAUUCGGACUCGGACCUCCUUGUCCGGGUUCAGAGGCAGGACAUCAUGGUUUCCGCUAGGUGAUACAAGAGUGUACUUUCGCUGGGAAAGGAUGAGGUCACAGCGAUGUCAGGUGUCCAUUCUUCUGCUUCUUAUGCUGUGCAUCUAUUCAUCCCUGACUGGUCCAGAGCACCUGGAGCAUAAUGGAUCUACUAAGGCCACGCUAGGGGAAGCAUACGACAUUCAGCGGGACCUGGGUGGCAUCCCCCGCCACUCUGAGGAUGGCAAGAGGCUGAACCCUGAUCACAUCGCUCGUCGUCUGAAGCAGUCGUUAGGUAGUCUGGCGGUACGGCUGCAGGAACUACAGAAGCUGCAUCCAAAGAAAAAGUUCGAGGUGCCGGGAGAAAUGUCGGAUUCUCUCGCCAAACUAACUCAUGUUCACAGGAAAACUACUGAACAUGGCAUGGAGUCAGGGUCAGAUGUCGCCGUAAGUGAAUCUCCUUCAGAACGGCCUGUCAUCGAUACGGAUGUAGUGCCAGAAGGCAAAACCUCAAUACAAAGAGAUGGCGCCACAGUACUAGAAAAGAUGAGUGCAGUAGCAGAAAGCAGGACUUCAGCAUCACAACACGGAGACAGAACUCUAGAACACAAAGAAUCAGUGCCAGAACAUGGCGACAGAACAUUAGACCGCUGGACACAUUCUGGUGUCGGUAAGGUCGAACAUCCCUUUGAACAAGGAUCAGCAAAUUCCGAUAGGGAGGACCGGAAGGAGAAGAUGCUGAGCAUGAAAAACCAAAGUAGUCGACCUCUUAUUUCUCAGACCAAAAAAGAAGACAUGAAAGUGGAAGUCACCGGCAACGUGUUUCGAGACGAUGGCGAGCAGGGGAUUCCUGGGUCACGGCUGCUGUUUCAAGGCGACGUCAUGCUGUCUCGCUCUCGCGCCGCUGAACUGAUGCACGCGCAGGUGGAAGAGGAGACGAGGACGGGUGGACACUCAUCGAGAAGGAGGAGAUUUAAACGAAAAGUGACCUACCUACCCAGCAAGAGAUGGACGCUCCCAAUUCCUUACAUGUUCGACACAUCGGAGAAGUUCAGCCUGAAUGAAACUGAAAAGUCCAUGGUGCUGAAAGCCAUGCGACACUUGGAAGACCUCACCUGCAUAACUUUUCGGGAGGUGAACGCUAGCGACCCACUCAGCCCCAUCCUCGAUUUCAAGAAGGACCAAGGAUGCUGGUCAUACGUAGGAAAGGAGCGAGGACUGCAGCUGCAAGAAGUGUCAACUGGCGAGGGAUGCUUUGAGCUCGGCACGCUGCUCCAUGAACUGGGCCACGCCAUCGGAUUCUGGCACGAGCAUUCGCGACCUGACCGCCAGGGCUUCGUGCGCGUGCACCUGGAGCACGUGCGGAAGGGAGAGGAGUUUAACUUCAACGUGGAGUCGUGGGGGGAGCUAGACAACCUGGAUGUUCCCUACGAUGUCAGCUCCAUCAUGCAUUACGGUUCCACGUACUUCUCAGAAAACGGCAAGGAGGUUACCAUAGAGACGCUGGACGCCCGCUUGCAGCGUGUGGUGGGCCAACGGCUGGACAUGUCGUUCUACGACAUCAAGUUGGCAAACAUGGCCUACUGCAACGGUGUGUGUCAGGGUAGCCCCGUGGGAGAGAUGUGCCAGCACGAGGGUUACCCGGACCCCAAGGCGUGCGACCGAUGUCGGUGUCCGGUGGGACUGUCGGGUCGGUACUGCCAACAUGCGGCCCCCUAUCAAGGACCAGUCGUGUGUGGGGGUUCCUUGUUUGUCGAUCCUGGACAGAGCCACACGAUUUCUUCCCCUUCCUAUCCUCGGAUGUACCCGGCAAACGUCACUUGUUCGUGGCUUAUCCAGACAAAGCCAGGCAUGCAGCUGGUGCUGACGGUCAGCCCCCAGUCCUUCAUGACCCACACGGACUGCUCCCCCUACCCCACGGCUGUCUGCACCGACUACCUGGAGGUCAAGUACAACGUCAGCUUCGGCUACACUGGAGCAAGGUACUGCUGCGGGUUACCACCAUCAGCGCCGCUCCGAUCGGCCACAAACGCUCUGUUAGUUCUCUUCCGAACUCGCCAGUCAGGGUCAGGAGGCUUCCAGGCCAGUGUAGCAGCAGAGCCGUGCGGCGGCUGUCACCCGGGUACGACCCCUCAACCUCCGUGCCGGAAGUCUGCGCAGACAGAGUGCGUGAAGAAAUGGAACAGCAGCCAGUAUAUCGCCUGCCCCUCCCCCUACCUUGGCACCGAUUCAGGAGACUGCAACAAAUGGGUGACCAAAGAGAAGACUCGUCUUGGAGUCUGCACUUCUGAGGUAGACACGUGCUGCGAUGGCUUCCAGGUUGUCGAUGGCGUUUGUCGAGCACCCAGCAAUAUCAGUAAUACCAACACCAUUGAAGAGUCGAUUGCGAUGGCGGUGGCGGACAAGGAAACCACCAGCAACGACAUCAACCGCGAUGCCGACAGCAGCUGGUCUUCGUGGUCGCCGUGGCAACAGUGCACCAGGUCUUGUGGCGGAUGCGGCACCCAGACGCGAACACGCACCUGUGACAAACCCACCCAGUGUGGGGGAAGGUCAACAGAUAGUGAAAGUCGCCAGUGCAACACAUUCCCAUGCCCCAACACUCAACUGUAUGUCUGCAGCAUCACAGAUGUGAAGGAAUAUUUGUGUGGCUGGACUUCUAAGUGCUACCAGCAAGUGAAAAAGUAUGCUCGUUGCUAUACCAACUGCUGCCUGGACUUCGUUGAGGUGGAGGGCAAGUGCAUCCCCAAGCCCAAGUAACGCCUGGUGAUGCGCCACGCCCCAAGACAAGGCCAUCAUCGCUGUACGAGAACUGCCACGUUUAUUAAAGUCUGAACCAAAGCAAGAUUGCACUGCUUUGGACACUCCUUUAAAAUCAACAAAAGCAACAUUACAGCUGGCGAUGACUGUUUCCAGGAUAUGUGAUUUUCAUCCCGCCUUAAGGAACUUGCAGCGUCGCUAAGGAGACAGCCAAACAUUAUUAUUAUUUUACCCUGAGAAAAUGACAUCAAACCCGCCUUGUGUUUGGCAGACUUUCCAUUAUUAUUUUAUGCUGAGAAAUUGAUAUCUUGUGUUGGCGAGUAUUCCAUGUAUAUGUAAUGAGGCUCUUUCUGAAUUCUUGCCCUUGGUUGUAUACACUGUUAUUAGCACAGGGAACUUAUAAUUCACACAUAUUUUGGGCUGCUUUUACUGAUACCGCGAUUGGCCUUCAGUUGGUUGCCCCAUAGACCUAUACAGCUAACGCUGCACCUUAUACCAACUGAUAUAAACAAGAGCAGUCCAUAUAAUGACCCACUUAAACUAAUUAAUCAAGUCACAGAGCUGUUUGCGUAAAACAAGUGCAAAAUAAUUUAACUCAAUGUUUUUACCUGACGUGUAUAUUUUUGUAGCUGUAUACUGACUUUGAGGUCUGGGCUAGCAGACUCCCAUAAUAGUCGUGAGCAUGACAAGCCUGAUAUGACUGCAGCAAAACAUUAGAAGUGUUGCUGAAACUGGUGCAGUUAUCUCAUAUGUCUAACAUAGACUACAGUCCAAAGUGUAGCAUAUACUUCUCUUAUUGUAUACAAGCUCUUUCACUACAGCUUGGGUUUUAUUUCUGUUGACUUUAGGUAUUAUUUCUAAGAUGUGGAAUAAAGACAAAUACUACUACUACAAUCUUCAAAGCGGCAAAAGAUAAACAGCUGUUAUGAAUAGAUCCCUAACCUUUCUUCAUCUCUCUCACACGCAGGGUGUUUGAUGCUGGGAAAAAUGAACACAAAAUAAACUACUGGGGUUAAGCUUUCAUAUCACAAAAAAAACGGUUUCUUGAUCAAAGAGUUUACCACCAAAAUAAGAAAACACCAAAACAAAAUGUCUUCAAUUUUCUGUGUAAAGUUUAACAUUUCAAUAACUUGUCUAUGUUACAAAAGGCAAAAAUUAAGUACAUUCAUUGUAAAUACCUUCGUACUCAUCAAAUAUCAGUGUAAAUAUUGUGACAAUUAUGUAACUUGUGCAGCAAGGCAAACACUGUAGAAAUCCUGACAAAAACAUGUCAUGUUCAACUGCGACAAAAUAGCAAAUAACAUUAAUAAAUCGAACUACCCCAUGUACAGGAGAUUUGUAGGACUUUUUAUUUAUUGGUUGUGCAUUUCUUGUGGUGAAUAUUUUAAUAAAUAAAUGAUUUUUAAUACAGUAUAUAUGUGCUGUGUAUCUGUUUAGACACAAAUAGGCUGAACUGUAAUUCCUUUGCUCUAGUUUGUAUCAAACCAAGCAAGUGAUCAACGAUUAAAUACAACUACAACA